UGACAGAUGAAUUGUGAUCUUCAUUUGACGUUUGUGGAUGUGAAUAAUGGUGAUUUUAAAGUGUUAAUUAAGAAAUUAAGAUAUUUUUCGUAAAUAAUUGUUGUUUUUUAAGUUAUAAGUUCCGUUGCUAUUAUUAAAAAUGACUCUUUACCACUUUGGCAAUUGUCUAGCAUUAGUUUAUGCGCCUUAUCAUAUGGCCUAUAAGUUUUCUGGGAUAUCAGAGUAUGCUACGUUCUCAAAAUGUGUUUAUGCCGGUGGGCUAUAUAUUUUCACCCAGUUGUGUAAAAUGCUGUUGCUGGCCACAUUCUUUCCGGAUUCAGAUAACAUUCAGAGUGGAGGAGAAUAUGAUGUGUUUUUAGAAAUUCUGAAGGCAACAGUUGACUUGGCAGAUCUCUUAGGAAUUUAUGUUGCACUUAAUUCCAUUCCUGGGAAAGGGCAUGCUAAAAUUCUCACUGCAGCCAUAGGAUGGGCCAGUGCUGAGGUGCUGGUGAGCCGCAGCGUGCUGCUGUGGGUGGGCGCGCGCGGCUCGGAGUUCGACUGGCGCUACGUGCGCUCGUGCGCCGAGUCCAACGUGUCGCUGCUGCAGCACGCCGCCAGCGCCGCGCUGGUGUGGCUGUGCGCGCGCAGCGACCUGCCGCGCCGCCUGCUGCCGCCCGCCGCCGCGCUGCUGCUGCUGGUGCCCUACCGGGCGCUGCUGGAGGAGGCGCUGGCGGGCGCGCUGGCGCUGAGCGCGUGGGGGCUGCUGGCGCUGCGCGCGGCGCACGCGCUGGGCGUGGCGCUGGCCGCGCUCGCCAUGUACGCCACGCUCGUGCAGCACAGUGCCCUGUCAUAGGCAUUUCGGAUUCGCCUAAAACAGAGUACUGUUUAGACAUUAGGCUACCAGAAAAAAAUACAAGUACAGAUUAAAUUAAAGGCACCUGUGUUACCAGUUGUACACUGGUAACACUACACAGGUGGUUCCCUAAGAAACCAUUGAAUUCUGUUAAGUCACAUGCUGCAACCAUUCCAUAAUUAUUUCAAUGACAAUUAUUGUGUAUUGAGGGAUGAUGCAAGUUAUUUAAAUUGUAUAAAAAUCAAGAGUAUGCUAACAAGUAAAACAAUUUUGUAGAAGUAACAGGGUAUCUGGAUUAUUUUGGAUUUAAAGGGUGAAUUUUACGGCGCUGCCAUAAAUCGUUAAAAAACGAUUCAUACAAAUUGGCUGGAAAGAAUGUCGUCGUCACUGAGAGAUAUAGUUAAAUGUGUGUGUGUGUUUUAAAAAAUAUAUCAUGCUGUGUGGAUCAGAAUGUUGCGCGGUAAAAGAGACUGAUAGAAAAAUGUAUGUGAAAGAACGUUUACGUUGAGAUGAAUGUGUGGUGUGACAAGAAUGAUAAAAUAAACAAUGAGUAUGUAAGAGGAAGUCUAAAAGUGACAGAAAUGUUGAAGAGUAAAAGUUAGCUUGGUAUGGACAAGUAUUGUGGAGGGAUGAAGGUCAUAAUAACAGAAUAAUGUUGAAAUUGCAAGUGGAAGGACACAAGAAGAGAGGUAAGUCAAAGAAGAGAUUGUUGGAGUGGAAAGAAGACGUGUGUCUAAAGAGAGUGGAUGAUGAGUUAAGGAGUGGACGAAUGGAGGAGAUUGAUUAAUUUUACUUGUAUGAAGAUCCAGUCUUAUUUUUUUAACAUUAAUUAUUUACCCAAAAUUUCAUAAGAACCAAUAUACUUUAGUAAAACUUUGUCAUCAUCCCUAUUGAUGGAAAGGCUGUUGCUGUGCUGUGAAUGUGUUGCAAUGGGCUUGUUCAGAUAGAUGCUCUUUUAACUAUUUUGUUUAAUUAAUGGUCAUUGUGUAAGGAAAAAAGAAUUAAAAAGAAAGUGAAUGUUGUGCUAAGUGAUUAUUUAUUACUUAAUAAAAUAUAUUUCUAAUUUAA